AUGGAUGAUAGCAGAUUAAAAAAAGAAAAGUCUAAGGCAGUAAAAAGUAAUGUGAGAAGUAGACAGUCUCCGGUAAAAGAAGAAACAGCAAAAGUUCCAAAGAAUAAAUCUAGAAGAGUUAAAUUAAAGAUUCAAGAUAAACGAACAUAUUAUUCUAAUCUAAAAAUUCAACGGCGAUGGCCGGAAUUAUGCACUUAUUCAAGAUAUUUAGAUAAAAAAAUUAUUGUUGAAAAAUCGUUGGCUAACGGUUCAGAUUUAUUUUUAACCCAAAAAUGGAUAUCACAACGUCGUUCGACCUACAUUCAAGAAACAGCAUAUGACUAUGAUUACAAUACAUUGGACUAUUUUUAUCGUAACAAUGAAUUGUUCGAAUACAAACAAGAAAAAUAUAAUGAUUAUUUUAAAAAGAAUUUUUCAUCUGUACAAAAUAUCUUUAUAACAUGGAAUGAAUUGUCCGAUAAACUGUUUCAGUUGUACAACGGAAUAAUGGAAUCACAUCGUCAUGAAUAUGAACAAAGGUUAACUCAGAUACGUCAGGAAUAUUUAAAAGAAAAGGAGAAUAUUAUUGAUUUAUUUGAAAAGCGAGAAUUAGCCGAGAUAAAUGAUCAACUCUUGAUAUUAAAUGUGAUUAUGGCAGAAGAUCAUACAAAACAAUUAAUGGAAUUCCGACAACGACAAACACAAGCCCGAGAAAUAAUUGAACGUGAAAUAAGUUUAUUCAAAAUAAAUAUCAUAAAAAAUGUGAAAAUUUUACAAGAAAAUACGUUUGAUGUUCUCAAAAAUCAUGAUAAAUUAUUGCAUAAUGAAUAUAAACAAUUCAUGGAGUUACAUAAGAAAAUAUUUAAAAAUAUGCAAAGAAUUGACCAGGAUACAAAAGCGAUAUCGAUAGCAACAAAAUUGAUUAGAAAAACAACAGAAGCACUAAACGAAUUGAAAUUAAGGCAAAACUAUACAAAAGAUAAAUUAAGACUAUUAAAAAAAUGUCUCAAAUACCAUUAUGAUAUACGCUCUUAUUCUAAUAAAAGUUAUGUAAACGGUAUUUACAAAUCCGAAUUUAGAUUUGAACGAUUGAAGAAACUAUCAUUUAUUAUUCAUGAUCGAUGUCAACUGUUGAAACAAAAAUUAUUGAAAGCGACUAAAAUUCUAAUUCUAAGUAAACAAUGUCGUAUUUUACAAUCAUCAUACGAAAAAAUUAUUUAUCGUCUAGUACAAGCAACAGAUACGGCUAGACAACAACAAGAUCCAAUAAAUACCAUUUCACAAGUCUAUUAUUUGGCAUCAUGCAAACAUGAACUUGUAUCUGUAUUCAAUGAAAUGGUUCAUUUUUGGAAUCGUUACUGUGAAGUACAAAUUGAAGUUUAUCAUUUGUCAAGUAUUAAUAAACGUAAAAAUACGCAAAAUGAUGAAUUAACAAAGCGUAUACAAAAACAAUUGACAAUUCAACGACCUAUUAUUGAUUUAUCCGUUUGUUAA